AUGUUAGUACCACCAGAGAACUUUGGAGUAGUGGAACCAGGACUCUAUCGAUGCUCCAAAUUAUCAUCGGAUAAUUUCCCCCAUCUACAAACAUUGGACUUGAAAACAAUUUUGUUACUUGAUGCAGAAAAUCCUCCACGUCCUUUAAAAAAUUUCAUCAGUGAUAAUAAUAUUAAUUUAAUCAAUUUGGGAAGUUUAAAAGUAUCUAAUCAUAAUCAUACUGGAGCUGAUAAUGUACCCAAUAAAUACGACGAUGAUACUAAAUCAAUCAAUGAUGUCAACUCCAGUGGAAGUGAGACUGCUUCUCCUUUAUUAUCACAAUCGUAUCAAUCGAAAAACUCCAAUUCAACCAUCGAUGAACCUUUUAAAGAAUUGAAUCUACAAUUAAUAAAUUUGAACAAUACCACCAAAAAAAAUGACCAAUGGAUGUUGAUAGAAAAAAACUUGAUCAAGAAGGCUUUUGAGAUUUUAUUGAAUAAAUCUAAGUAUAAUAUUCUCAUCAUUGAUAGUACUUCAACCUUGAUAAGUAUUUUGAGAAGAAUACAGAAAUGGAAUUUCAAUUCCAUAGUCAAUGAAUUUAGAAUCUACACCGGUCAUAGUGCUAAAAGUAAUUAUUUUGCUGAAAAUUUCCUUGAAUUAAUUGAAAUAGAAUUAAUACCUUAUGAAAUAGAUCAAAUAAACCAAUUAAAGAAUAAGAAAAUUCAAUCGAUACCGUUAACUCAAACCCAAUCACAACCAUCAACCAAUGGGAAUGUUUUACUACCUAAUGCAUUACAACCAACUAUCUCACAAUCUUCACAAAAUGAUGAUCUCCCAAAUUCUCCAGAAAUAUUCAAGGCUUCUUCAUGGAAUAAACAUUCCAUUGACGAUGAAAGUUUAUGGGAAAAAGAGAUGGUUGAUGAUGAUGAUUAUGAUGAUGAUUUAUUAUCAGCUUCACCUCAAAUACCCGAAAAUCUUUUGAAGAUGGUUGAAAAGAAACGUAAUAAUUCAUUAGAUUCAGACGAUGAUAAAUUGAUAACUCCUGGCUCUUCCCCCAGAUACAUAGUGGGUAAUGGGAGAUAUAAUGAUAGAAGAAGACCAUCAGACUCAAAAAUCAUUCGUCCAAUUCAUAAUAAUAUGUUUAGAACAUCAUUUUCAACUUUCCUGCCCGGAUCAAUAAAUUCAAAUCGUUCAUCUUUUGAUACUGCCAGAAGAUAUUCUCGAAGUGAACGGAAAUCUUCUCUUAAAAUUGAAGAUCUCAAUGAAUUUGAAGAGAAGAGAAUACGAGAGAAGUUCGACUACAAAUAUUAUAAGAAUUUAAACAAAUAUUCCACAAGUUUUGCCAAUGUUGGAAUUAUCAAAUUGAAAUUACCUCCGAACAGUAAACUACCGGAUUGGUUUAUCAGAGGAAGAGAUUUCUGGGAGGAAAAUUACCUGAAAUUUAAGAAUUCAUAG